AUGGCUUCAGACGAUGAUCCUCCUCGUAAAUCAUUCACUUUAAAGUUCUGCCGAAAGAAGUUUACUAUUACUCCCAGCAGAGCCACACAGCCUGAUGAUGGUGAGGGACCUUCAGUUCCACCUGCUGUUGUACCUACACCACCACCUAGGGGCCAGCAACAGUCCUCGAGUGAGCAGGGGCAGGGACCUUCAAAUCCACCUGCAGUUGUACCUCCAUACUUCCCUGGCCACUUCCCUCCUCCCUCGACGAGUCCUCACUAUCCCUCUCCAGAUCAGACACAUGCCUCUCCAUUCUAUCCAUAUUACCCUCCACCAUCAUCACAGGUAGCAGGUCAAUCCACUGGUCCUCGCCCUCCUUACCCCUACCCAUAUUACUACCCCUAUCUGGUGCAGCAUGAACAGGGUGGACCAUCUAGACCACCAGAGGUUGGCGCUAGCGAUCAUGCAGCUGCAACAGAUAAGCGUCAAUACAUUGAGCCUGAGGGUGAUAAGUAA